UAUACAGACCCUUAGGACGAUAGCCAAAAGGAUCAAAAGAAAAAAAGACUCCAUCCUGAUUAGUGUGUUAACGAGUUCUAACGGCGUCGAAUUAUUUAUAAAAUUCUGUCUUAUAUAUACUAAAUAAUGGCAGAUCUAGUAACGGAACUGAAAUCCAAAUUAAACGCUAAGAUAAGUGUACUUCUGUACGAGAUACAUCCAAUAACUCGAAGACGCGGUCCAGCAAUAAAAAGCGCGGAUGGUAAGCCAUUCGCACCAUACAGUAAUGAAGAAGUCCAUGGUAUAUUACAGAAGAUUCUGGAUCUUUUAGAAGAAAGUUCUACUGAUGAGGAAAUCGUACUAGUCAGAUUUUCCGUGGUUCGAGAAUUUAUGAAUAAAAAAUUUAGGAAUAGUGACGAAUUAUCGAGUAGCACUAUCGAAAAGAGUGACCGCGUAGAAUUCACAAAAUAUUUAAGUAGUCUUCGAAAAUUGAUGAUGCAGAUAGUAUAUUUUUUCAACAUAAGAAUUAUUACCAUGAAUAAAAGACAUCAAUUCUAUCAAAAGAUUGCAGAAGAAAUAUUUCCAAUACCGAAUGAAACACAAAAAAAAUUUAUUCAACUACUAAAAAUGAUGAACAAAUCUAAGCCAUCGACGUCAGCAUUUGACGACAAAAAGGAUAUUAAUGAUGGGAGCCUUCGAUAUGAUAUGUUCGAAUUCGUAAGGGAUGUUUACUAUGAUAUAUUUGAUGAAAAUGUGUCUGUCGUAUCAACAUCCGAUAUAGAAGAAAUUAGAAAUCAAUUUAGAGAGCUUAGUAAGAAAAGAAAAUUAGAUAUUGGGCCUGAUUUUGAUAACGUCGAAGAAAAAAAAACAAAAAAGGCACAUCUAGUAAAGGAACAGAAAACCUAUUUACAAACUAAUAUGGAUGUACUUAUUAGCGAGAUAAAAUCAAUAAUUGAAAAACUCGGUCCAGUAACAAAAAACGUUGAUGGUAAGCCAUCGAAAACACUUUUGUCAAAAUACAUACAGUUACACUCCAUCAACCCGGACAGCAAAUCUACGGAGGAGCGGAACUUUCUUGGGAUUUCCGAGUUAAAGGAAGCUCUUUCUCCCUCAAAAAGUAAACUAUGACGCAUGCGCACUUAACAAAACCGUUUAUGAUGAUCAUUAACACACAUGCACGUAUUCGUUAACCCAUUCGAUAAAGAGCAAUAGCUGCUCGAUUAUUGUAAUUGUGGUCGAAUGUGAAAUUAUUAAAUUCCAAAACAAACUAAAUAAUCGUAAAAAUAAAAUAUAACUUAUGCAUU